AUGGAAGCUGAAUCUCAACCAGUUUCUACACCAAACAGACACCAGUUACCAUUAAUCGCAGAUGUAAGACCUACGCCGAAACGCAAAAGAACUCCAUCACCUUCUGGCCUUAGUACUUCGCAAGAACCACUAUCCAUAAGCAAGAAACCUCACACUGAUAGACGUACUUUAUCAUUACCAACUUUUACUGCAACUCCAUCCACACCAAUGACGACGCCAAGAUCGAACCCUAAAACACUGAAACCUCAACGUACCAAUACUCGCCGCCGCUUAAGUUUAACCACCUCACCCUCAUCUCCAGCCUGUAAACCACGACGUCAUAAUAAUGAGAAGGAUAAAUCCAAAUGGUCUAUUCCCACACUCACCAACCCAACAGUUAUCAUUGGAUCUUCCAACAUCAGCAACAUCCCGUUCCUACAUCCAGAUACCCAAGCCGAAUCUUACCCUGGUGCCCGAAUUCAGCAUAUCAAUACAUUACUCUCCAAGAUCUCUCCAACAACCAUUCCGAAAAAGGUGUUAUUUCAUGUUGGCCUAAAUAAUAAACAGGCAUCAGGAGAAUCCAUACACAGAAGAAUGCUGGAACUCCUCAAACUUGCCAAGUCGAAAUUUCCGUCUCCUACCCUUUACGUCACACAGAUUCCUUACUCAAAGGAGCUACAAUUAGCUGAACCUCAUUUAGUCAAUAACCUCCAGAAGUUCAACAGUCUAUUAUAUCAUAAACCGUCUACCAAUGCCCAUACUAUUCCUCGCUUCAAAGGAGUGGUCAGUGUCAUUUCGGAUAACAUCCACUGGAUGUCUCCCACUGCAAAAAACCUACUUAUCAUGCCUAUUGAAUCAAUUCCUGACUCUGAUCUUAUCAAACCAAAAACCAAACGAUUACAGAGAGAAAGCUACUGGAUGGACCAACUCCAAACAGUGGCUCCAAAUGGACUUAACAUCCAGCAUGAUAAUCAAAUGAUUCCAUUUGCUGCCACCUUUAAUCAUACAGCUGCCAAAACCUCAUCCAUCGUCAAACAGUAUUACAGUGAAUUACAGAACAGACUUCCGAAUGUAUAUACCAAACGUCUUGUAAUUGCCUAUAAGCGCAAUAAAAACCUUAGUAAUUUUCUGGUCCGUGGUAGACUCGAUCCCAUUGAAUCCAAUAAUACUUGA